CAAUAUGUGGAUUUUUGGUCAAAAACAUCAGAAAUCUUAAACCCACAAAAGCCCUAAUCUGUCAAUCAAAACCCUAGAAUCCCCUGCAAAAAUCCUUCUACAUCUCUCCUUGAUUAGACCCUAAGUUAAGCCGCAAUGGAGACGGAAAGGCGAUGCUAUGGUGGUGGUGGUGCUCCUCCUGUGGCAGAGACCUUGAAUUGGAUGGUUCAGACAGUUUUGGUUGCUCAGAAAUCCGUUUGCUGGCUUCUGUUUCUGAUUGGAUCCAUACCCAACAAUGUUGAUGCCUCGACUAACUUGCUUGAUGCCGAGAAGAGGUUUCCUUUAAGUGAACUUAAGAAUGUUGCAGACUCUGCUGAUGAAUGCAAAGAUGAUAGCGAAACAGAAGACGACAGUGACGAUGAAGAUGUUGUCGUUGGUGAUGACAGUGAUAACGACGCCGAAGAUUCAUCUGGAGACGACAAUGAUGAUGAAGAAAGGGAUCCCGACAGUGAUUCUGAUGCUAACGAGGAUGCAGGAAGUGACGACGAUGACGACGAUGAUGAAGAUGAUGAUGAUGACGAAGAUGAUGAGGAUGAUGAUGACGAUGAUGACGAAGAGGAAGAGAACCAGCCACCCUUUAAGAAGAAAAAAUAGGAAAAAAGUAUUGUUUUCAUUAAGCUCAUUUGUUCCAUUAUCACAUUUAGGCAUUGAGGGUUUAGACAUUAGUAGUAAGUCAAAUAUUUAGCUAAUUUCUUGAUGGAUAUUGAAUCCAUUUGGUGUUGAGAAAAUGUAGCCUUUGUGUUCA